CGGGAUUGUUUGUAUUACGAUCAAAUUAGUGGUGAGAGACGGUCAACACAGUGAUUGCACACUUGAUCACAGCAGUGCUCCUACUCUUCUCCAUACAGAGGGGCUAUGAGACUGAGAAGGAGCUUUUUUGACAGCCAGUUAAUACUUGUCCUCAACAUCAUCACAAACUAUGCCUGGCUGCUGCCAUCGCCGUGGAGAAUUUCCAUGGAGUCUGUAAACAUGAGGCACUUGCUCAAGUGGCGCCGUCAACAGUCCCCUUGCAGRUCUAUCAUCUACUCUGUGCAGUUCCAGGGGGAAUUUGAGCUGAGGAUCUUGAAUGGAAGUUGGGAGGACGCGGUUGGUUGUCAGCGCGUCACGCGGACGGAGUGCGACCUGACCUUUGACCUUGGUUCUGACUCAGACUACAACAUCCGAGUGCGGGCAGAGUGCGGAAGGCGUGUGUCACCGUGGGCUGAGCUCGGGAGGCCAUUCAACAGGAGAGAGACAAUCCUGACGGUGCCAGCUAUAACUGUGACCACCAUGGGAGAUGCCCUGCAGGUGACUUUCAAAAGCCUUCCCCUGACCAUUGGAGUGACUGUGACUAUCUGGAAGAGAGGCGAGUUGGUCAGGGGCAAGUCCUCCUUGCGUGUGAUCACAGUGCAACAGAAUCCGCUCUACAUCGACGCCCUGCAGGAGGGAGCAGUGUACUGCGUCAAAGCCCAGGCCCAUCUGGACACCCACAGCAAUAGCAGCAGCACUGACACACAGUGCGUCUCCAUCACAGGUCCUGGACCUACCUGGCUGAAGCCCACUACAGUGACUGUUAUCGUGGUGAUAUUGGCCGGCCUGGUGUUUUUUCUCUCUUGGUCAGUAACUCACUGUAGCCCAGAGGCCUGCUACGCCUAUUUCCGCAAGGAGCCACAGCCCACUGCACUGCUCCUUGAUUGGCCUCUCACAAGAGUCAAGAUCUAUCCCCAAGAUGAGCUUCGUGAACCAAUCCACGCCGUCCUUUUAACUGAGCAUCAAAGAGGACUGAGCAGCAGUGAGCCAUCCAGUCAAUUGGAUAAGUGGACACAAUCUAUAUGUUCAGAAGGCACAGACAGACCAUAUCAAGUUUGAUUGAUACUGUAGGUUAAUAAGAAUGGUCAGAAGUGAUGAGUCUGGAUUGGAGAAGUCAGGAGGCCGGCAGUUGCUCAGAGGGAGACAGAAGGAUCCUGUGUGGCUCAGUUGGUUAGGGCAAUGACGCUUGUAACUCCAGGGUUGUGGGUUCGAUUCCCAUGGGGGACCAGUAUGAAAAGUGUAUGCACUCACUUUUGUAAGUCUGCUAAACUACAAUGUACAAUUAAGUAUUUGUGUUCUAGAUAGGUCCGAGAUGUAUAUGGGUGAUUCUACAGAAGUGGUGCAAAUUGCAGUCCCACCCCCAAAAAAAACUGUUACGUCUCCAAACUUAGGAACUUUAUUUACAUCAUGAUAUGUUCUAAUUCAAUCUAAGACAAUAACAAACAUAUUGUUAAUUAAUAUAAUACAAAGUCAUUGUUUAUACCCUAU